CUUCCACCUAAGCACAAUAACCCAUUAAGCACUUAAUUUUAAUUUUAAUUUUUUUUUGUUAUUUUCGGAACAGCUGAUAUAUCCUAUCUCAGAAAAAAAAAAAAAAAUGAAACGCCUCGGAGGCAAAAGGCGCGUUUCUAUGUCUUCACUGUCCCAAAAAUGUUGGUAGAGCACGCGCCACCCCUCUGGAUAAAACCUCUUGUAUUGGACGGCAUUCUUUCUUCGUUAUCUCCACGCAUUGUGUGUCACCGACUAACUCCGGCCAUCCAACUUCUCAACCCCCACUAUCGCUGGAACUCGUGCCGUACAAUUGCUAUGGCAGCACCCAAAGUCGAUUCAUCGGGCGAGUCAUUGCCGGAACACGCCGCCGGGAAGUGGUACUCAGUACCAGAUCUCCGACUCCGAGAUCACCGUUUCAUUGCUCCUCUGGAUUACAGAGAUCCCGCUACUUCCUUAAAGAUCUCCAUUUUCGCGCGGGAAGUCGUUCCUGUUGGUAAAGAAGAUCAACCAAUGCCAUGCCUCCUGUUUCUGCAAGGUGGACCGAGUUUUGAAUCCCCGAGACCAACAGAAGGCAGUGGAUGGAUACUUAAAGCAUGCGAGGAGUUUCGUAGAGGAACAGGAUUAUCAACUCCGCUGACAACAUCGUCUAUGCUGCAAUUUAAGUCUGCCCUGGAUUUGGCUGAAUACUUGAAACAUUUUCGUGCUGACAGUAUAGUCAAUGAUGCUGAGUUUAUCCGUGUUCGACUUGUUACUUGUUCUGGACAUUGGACAGUUUUGGGCCAGAGCUAUGGAGGUUUUUGUGCCAUCACCUGUUUGAGUUUUGCACCACAAGGAUUGAAACAAGUGCUUCUGACUGGAGGAAUACCUCCAAUUGGAGAUGGAUGCACUGCUGAUACUGUUUAUGGAGCUUGCUUUGAGCAGGUUGCUCGUCAGAAUGAAAAGUACUACAAGAGAUAUCCUCAGGAUAUUGAAGUUGUUCAUGAAAUUGUAAACCAUUUGGCAGAAUUGGAAGGGGGUGGGGUUCCUCUUCCAUCUGGGGGCAUCUUGACCCCAAGGGGGCUGCAACUUCUUGGUCUUUCUGGUUUAGGAUCUAGUGCAGUUCCAGGAGCACCUAAGAAGAUUAGUUUCUACUUCUUGAAUGCUUUUGACAAUUGGCUGGGUUUUGAUUCAAACCCACUCUAUGCUCUUAUCCACAAGUCAAUUUACUGUCAGGUAGAUUAUGCUGUUUAUUCUAUAUUCCAUUUGCUUGAUGAGCGACAUUUUGCUGCGUACAUUACCCUUAAAAAGGAAGGAAAAAAAUCAGUUGCUUCAUCUCGGUGGUCUGCUCAACGAUUGAGGGCUAAACAUGAGAACAAAUUUGAUGCAAUCAAGGCUGCAGGUGAAGGACGCCCUGUACUUUUUACAGGGGAGGUAAGACCAUCGUGUUUUAUUGAUUACAAGUUUGCAACUGCAACAUUUACAUGCAAGCAUCAGAGUCUGUUUGACAUAGAUCUGAGAAAGCCAACUAGCCUUCUGAACAAACCUUCUGCAGUAGCACCACGACAAGUGCCUGAGUGUCUAAGAGCAAAUAUACAACCAGGUGAUGAACUGGUUAUGGCAGCCAAUGCCAUACCACUCAAUGACAUGGCCCAGAGUAACAGGAGUGGUGAGUGCACAGAGCAAAAUGAGAAAGAAAAAGCUAGAAACUGGGACGUUAUAAAAGGAAAUGAAGCUAGCAGAACAAUGAGAAAUACCACAAAUAGAACUUAGCCUUACAGUAAAUUGAGGUUACUUACAAACUCAAGUGCUUGACCUUAUUGAAACAGUUCUAAGUAUUAAACAAAUAGAACUUUCAGUA